CCAAAACCGAUAUGAAUAGUAAAACAUCAUCCUCAAAUAUCGUCAAACCAUCGACCUGGCAGGUUCAACUUAACGACCAACACGAAGAUCCCUCUUCGACCGAUAACCUCCACCUUAACCUCUCAACUAGCUCAUCAUUCUCAUCCUCAUUGGGUCCCUCAUGCUCAACUGCUCAACUAGAUCUAGAUGACCUCAGGGAAGCCAUGUCGGAUAACCCAUGCUUCGACACCGUCUCCUCCUCAAGCUGUCGUUCGCGAUCUCAACUUACCUCUCCUGCCUCCCUAUUUAAUCAUAUCCCAGAAUCACCCCUACCACUCAACCUCACUCAAUCCACCAAGAAGAAGAGCAACUACCACUCUCCUUCUACCUCAAAGUUAUUUCAUCCGUCCAGCAUCCUCAAUGGCAAGUAUCGAAAAUCUGCACCGAUUCCACCCAUCCUACCACCUUCAUCAGAUCAUCAUGAUCACCACAACUACCACCAGCACCACCAGCACCAGCACCACCACCACCAGAGUAUUGAAGAAUUAACAGCUGAACGAAGAGGUACCAUUACUUCAUCAUCUACCCUUCACACGCGCACAACUUCGAUUGGUAGCAGUCUCAGCGGAGUCUCAUCCGCCCCUGGUACCCGUCAGCCACCCAACAACGUCUGGGGUCUCUAUGGAUGGAAAUGGAAUAAACGUAACAAGAUAAACAGCGCACCCGUCGGCGCACAGAUCGAAGUUGAUGGCCCGGCGAAUGGCGAGGAUUGCGUGUCCCCAGAGAAUGAACUUGGAGGCGGACCACUGGACGACCCUACCCUCAUCGGUCCAGCUUCUGUAGACCGGCAAGAAAACUCGCAAAUUCCACAGUCGCCCACUCGUCCCAAACGCAGUCCUACCGAUGCCUCGAGCAGCAGUACAAUACUUUCUGGAUUGUUUGAUAGCCUCACUCGGAGGUAA